UCCCCUCACUCGCGUGAAGCUUCUUCGUCUUCGCAGAAAAAAAAAAGCAUUCCACUCCCCUUCCAUGCCGUCCUCGCCGUCGUGGCCGCCGGCAGCGGCGGAGGUCUCCGACGCUGAGAUGUCCGACGGAGAGGUGCCGCCUCGCCAGGCCGCGGAGGACUUAAUCAGGGGAGCGGCGAACCGCGCCGCGCCGGGCUUGGCCGGCGAAGAGGACGAGGAGAUUUACGACGACGACGAGGAGAGCUCCGAUUACAGCUCCUACGACGACGACGACGAAUCCGAUGAGAGCGGAUCGUACUACGAGGACCACGAGGAGGAGGAGGAGGAGCAGGAGGGCGCCGGCGGGGGCAGGGCCUCCGGGAGCGCGGAGGAGGAGGCUGCGUCGGCCGGCGUGGGCGGCUGCGCGGAGGCGGAGGGGAGUCCCCGGGCGGCGGCCACCUGCUGCAUCUGCAUGGAUCCCUGGGCCUCCUACGGCGCUCACCGCAUCUGCUGCAUUCCCUGUGGACAUGUCUACGGCAGAUCCUGCUUGGAGAGGUGGCUGCGCCGCGGCGGCAACACCAGCGCCAAGUGCCCUCAGUGCAGUGAAAGGUUCAAGCACAGGCACAUCAUCAAUCUCUACUCCACGGUGCAUCUCUGGAACGAUUGCUGCCUCAAAGAGGCGGCUCUGGACGACAGGGUGGUGGUGGGCAUGGGGCCGAAGGCUCAUGAUCGACAGCCGGUUCUGGAUGCCGUGGUCACUCCUUCUAUUUCUUACACACAGCUCCAAGCUACCGACCUGAGCCUGAGCCAGCGCACGAGCACGACCAUGACCAGUGCACAGUCACACUCCCUCCUAGCCGAGCGGCACUAUGCCUACAUGGAGUACACACGCCAGGAGACCAUGGCGUUGCACGUGAGCCUUUUAGCAAUGCAUGAGCACAACACUCGCAUGAUGACGCACGUUGUUGAGUGCAUGGCGGCCGGCAGGGUUCCUCAAUUGCAACCAGCACCAUCUCCUCCACCACAACCAGUGCUGCUCACCUUUGGGGAGUUUCUGGCACGGCACCCGGGCACCUCGCCAGGAACCGGUGGAUCAUUCAUUGGUGGUGGUGCCGGUUGGGGCAUCACUCCCGAGCCACGGAGCCCGGUCACUCCGAUCCACCGAGGAGGUGGCGGUCUUGGCGGUAGCGCUGCCGCUAGCAGUGACGGCAUGGGCUUUGGCGGACUUGGCGGUGACGACCUUGGCGGUGGUGGUGGACGUCUUGGCGCUUAACCCUGUGGGUCUUUAGAUGACUUGUGGUCUUUUGUGCUCCUUCCGAUGACUUGUGUGUUUCUUUAGAUGCUUAUGUUGUUUGUGAUGAUGCUUUGUGAUGAUAUCUAUGUUGUUGU